GACUUCAAUAUUUUAGAAAUUGGUCUCAAUAAUGCAGUUAAAUGUUCUGAGGCUACGAUAAUACGGCCAAUUUCCAAUCCUGCUCCAGCGCCUCCGAAAGACUUUCAGUCCCAAUUUCCUCUCACAAUUAACGUUGAAGCGGAAGUGAACAACGUGGAUGAUGCAAGCACAUUGGCUGUUCAG